UCAUAAAUUUGUCUGGAACACACGUUUAAAAUGUACAAAAUAUUAAUUUUAAUAUGUGUUAUACACGGUGUUGUACCUCACUGGUACUGCAGCAGACACGAUUGCCAUAGACAACAUCACCAAGGCUUCAUUCAACAUCAAAGAGUCAGAACAUUUGAACACUUAGCCAAACAAGUGAUAAACCUUGAUAAGAAAACUAAGGAACUGUGCGUUGAGAACUCCAAUAACAAAACGACCGAAGACUACAAUCAAAAUGAUUACAAAGUAACAGUUAAUCUACCUGGUUAUAAGGAAGAUGAAAUAACAGUGAAACAUAAGCAUCGUGUUUUGUAUAUCAAUGCUGAAAAAUAUGUUGAUGGUGUACCCGAAAUUUAUUUUGAAGUGAGAGUUAUUCCUGAAGUGGCUAGUUUAGUUAAUGCAUCGUGGUAUUACGUAGAUGAACAAUUGAAAAUUAUAUUCCCGUAUAAAACAAGGGAGGAUUAUGCUACUCAGACUUGCAAUUUAGUAAUUGAUGAAACGGUGAAGACAGUGCCAAAGUAUGUUCCUGAGUUAGACGUUAGGUUCCAAUUUGAGGCCACUACAGUUUCUUCAAGGCCAGAUGACAAUGUGAAUAUCGUUUAAAAUAUUGCUGGCGAAUAGAUAUAUCGCUUUAAAAUACACAACAUAUGUUAAAAUAAUGAACUAAUUGUGGUUGAUUUUAAGGAAGAGAGUGAAAAAGUGUGACGAGAAGACCAAACCGCUGAUUGAUUUAACCAAAAACCAAUUUUUGCUAUUAUGUUACAUAAUAAUAAUAAAUUUGUAUUACAAUGUCAGUAAAAUUUUACUACUGAAAUAUGUAAA